GCGAGAACAACAACUUGUUUAGGGAAGGAGAGACGACGACGACGACAUGUUAGUCCAAUUUUAAAAACAUAGAUAGUGGGAACGUGUUUUAUUAUUUGUGAAAACCCCUCUCUUCCAAGUCGAGAUGGUGUCUUAUAAGAGACUGAGUCCAGAGGAAGUCCAGUUCUCCAACGCUGCUGCUUCAGAGGAGCCUCCUGCACAGGACAUGGUGGAGGUGAAGGACCCAGAGGAGACAGAGCGCCCCCUGCUGCCUCGGAGGCCCUCAUGUUCUGCCACCACGGCACUUAUCUCCCUGGGCUCCCUUCUGCUCCUGAUCUGUGGCGUCUGGCUUCUGGGGACCAUCUUCUGGCUCCACGCACCAUCCAACAACGUCCCCCACAGGGCCCCGCCGCCCAGGGUCUCCCCAGAGAAGGGUGGGGGAGAUGGGGGUAGAGCCCUACCAGAGCCCCAGGCUUGUGGAGUGGUCCCAGAGGCCUGGAGGUUUGACUGCUACCCAGAGAGAGGGGUGGUGGUGACCAGGGAGUUGUGUGAGGCGAGGAACUGUUGCUUCAUCCCAGCCUCCUCUUCCUCCUCCUCCUCCUCCUCCACCGCCCCGGGGAGGAAUGGUGUCCCCUGGUGUUUCUACCCCCUGGGUUCCUCCUACUCCCUGGUGUCUGUUAACAGCACAGAGUUGGGCCAGACAGGAACUCUGGUGAAGGCAGUGAAGACCUACUACCCUGAAGAUAUUCUGACCCUACAGCUGGAGGUCCUCUAUGAGACGGGACCACAGGCUCGAGUCAGGGUGAGGAAGCACAGAGGAUACACACAUCACCGAACGUCUGAGUCGCGGUUCGAGGUGCAAUCACCGUAG